AUGAAGCUUACGAUUCCUUCUCUCAUCCUCAUUUCUCUCUCAUUCUCAUAUCUCUCCCUCGCUCAAAACUGCCAAUGCGGAGACAACACCUACACCGAAGACGAUAUCGUCGCCGCUGAGAAACAAGCCAUAAAACUGGGUGAGGCCGGAAAGAUGCUUGGAGACUAUCCUAAAAAAUUGAGUGGAAGAGAGGUAAAUGCUCUAUCUCCUCCUAGUAUCCAAGUGCGUUCUGAAAAGGCAUCAAAACUAAUGACUUUCGUGGCUCUUCAGGAUCUAAAACUCCGGGACGUUUGCGGGAAAGGCCACCCUCUCUACUCGUUCCCCUUGCGGGCUAAUGGGGUAUAUGACGGGACAGGAAAAACUGGAGAUAGAAUCGUUUUGAGUGGAUUAGAGAAGGAUGAUAGCUAUUGCGGUUGUAUCAUGAAUGAACCGUAUGGGUAUGGAGAGGACUAUCGUCAGUGCAAAUAUGUUGUUGGAUAA